AUGAUGGGCUUCCCGACUCAAAAACUGCAGCCCUACACGCUGUACAUCACGGUCUCCGUUCCCGAAAACCCGCCUGAGCCACCUCAAGUCGCGGCUCGCAAGUAUGACUACGAGAUGAAUGGUGUUAUCGAGAUUUGCGAGAAACAAGAAGCCGAGGGAACUGUACGAUAUGUUCUCGGUGCAGCUGACUUUGACUGGGGAAUCUACUGGCAUCGCGAUCUUGGUGACGGAACAUGGUAUACCUAUGAAUUCUGCGAGCCUGCCAUGUGGAAAGGACCACCUGGACUGUACAAACGGUGGACAUACCGCCGAACUGACGUGAAGCAAUCUCCUCGUCUCCAUCGUCAUGUUGUCGGGCUCGUUCAAGUCAUGCGCAUUCCCGACAUUGGCGAAAAAAUCACUGGUUUUCUCGACUGGCUGGCGCCUCUCGUCGGUUCCAACACACGAAGGGAUGACACAUUUGCGACAACCAUUUACAUCCAAACACGAAUGUUUGUGGCUCAUGAGCGCCAGAUAGUCGACAAAGAAGUGGAACAGUUCGAUGCCGCCAACUUGAUCUAUCGGGUGACGCAUAGUGCCUAUCGCGAAGUCUGGUACUCCUUCGGUGGACAUCUCCCACGACCUAUCUAG